AUGGAGAAUGUUCCCAACAGUGAAUUUAUUGAUGCGCUACAAUUCCAGCUGGAGUCUCUCCGGAAAAGAAUCCAGGAAUUGGAGACUGAGAAUGCCAAGUUCUCUGCUCUGCUCUCAAAUUGCCGCUGCCAAAAGAAGGAAGAAAGUUCUAGUGCUCAAGUUUUAGAUAGUGAUCAUUUGAUCGAAAUAACGGAGAACCUAAAAUUAGAUGGUAAUGAUGAGAUAACUGUGAACCCGUCAAAGAAGACGCUUCCAGGUUGCAGUACAAAGACCUUGCAUCACUUCCCAAAGCGAUAUGUUGCUCUAAAAGUAAUGUAUUUUGGUCAGAGGUUUUAUGGUUUUGCUUCAGAGGCACAGAUGGAUCCAACCAUUGAGUCGGAAAUUUUUAAGGCCCUUCAUAAGACAAGGUUGAUAUCCAGCGACAAGAAGGAACUGCAAUAUUCAAGAUGUGGCCGAACAGACAAGGGAGUUUCCUCUGUUGGGCAGGUGAUCUCUCUAUUUUUGCGAUCAAAUUGUAAGGAAACGGCAGCGAGCAAUGAUUAUUCUGUAGAACCUUUUGCUAAAGAAUUAUGUGAAGAAAUAGACUUUGUGAAGAUGCUGAACAGAGUACUUCCGGAAGACAUUCGAAUUAUUGGCUGGUCUCCUGCUCCAACUAAUUUCAGUGCAAGGUUCAGUUGUUUGAGCAGGCAAUACAAGUACUUCUUUUGGAGAGAGAAUUUGAACAUUUCAGCAAUGGAGACUGCUGGUAAGAAAUUUGUUGGGGAACAUGAUUUCAGAAAUUUCUGUAAGAUGGAUGCUGCUAAUGUACACAACUAUAAGCGGCGUAUCACAUCAUUUGAGAUUUUUCCUUGUGAUGAAAGAUUUUUAGGUGAUCAUCUCUGGGUGGUGCAAAUCAAAGGUAGUGCUUUCCUGUGGCAUCAGAUCCGAUGCAUGGUUGCUGUACUAUUUUUUAUUGGCCAGGGUCUUGAAUCCCCUAAUGUGAUAGACGUGUUACUGGAUAUUGAAAGAGCACCAAGGAAACCUCAAUACAAGAUGGCUCCAGAAAUUCCUCUGGUUCUUCAGUCUUGUGAAUUUGAAGGUCUCAAAUUCAGUUGCUCAUCAGAAGCUAGGCAAGCUCUUCAGGCACACCUGGAGAAGGAAUGUCGAAGUUACAAACUCCAAGCAGCAAUCUUUCACCAGGCACUGCAAUGUUUUUGUGAUCAAACUGAUGACAGUCUGCCAAAUAGGAUAACGAAAAAGAAGGAAUCUUCUCACAUCCCCCUCAUGUUACGAGCAACAGAGCCUUCUUAUGAAGAGCGACUUACCAAACUGAGCAUGGGAGGUGGAAGGAGAAAAGGAAAAUGUCGUGCGCCACUUACUUGA